AUGUCAUGGCUAAAAAAGCAUAACCCCCAAAUAUCAUGGGAAAAACAUACACUUGUCUUUAAUUUGUUAUACUGUUCCAAUAAUUGCCUACCCGCACCUGCUGUUUUAGAACUCAAAGCAGUAGAAGAAAUCCCCACUCCCUACCAAGAAUUCUCUAGAGUCUUUUCAGAAGAGGAAUCAUCCAAAUUACCGCCUCAUUGUCCUUAUGAUAUUGCUAUUGAGUUGCUCCCUGACGCAAAACCCCGACAUGGCCCCAUUUAUAGCCUAGGUCCAAGGGAGGAUGCAGAACUCAAGGAAACUAUUGAAAAGCAACUCAAGGCCGGAUUGAUUCAACCCUCAAAGUCUCCUAUGGCUUCUCCAAUCUUAUUUGUCAAGAAAAAGAAUGGAAAGUUACGCAUGUGUGUGGACUACCGGCGCUUAAAUAGCAUGACCAAGAAGAAUGUGUACCCUUUACUGUCGUAG